UCUCUCCCUCAAACAUGCACAGAAUCACAGAUAAUCUGAUCUUCCAUGGCGAUAUCAUCAAAACCUGUCGUUUCCCUUUUCUUCUCUCUCUGCGUCUUCUUUCCUUUGAUUUCAGCAGCGCCCACGGACAUCAAGUAUUGCAGCGAGACAAACUAUGCCGUGAAGGUGACCGGAGCUGAUAUAACACCUUUUCCGGUGAAGAAAGGCGAAAACGUCACUUUCACUCUCACUGCUUUCACAGAUAAAGGAAUGUCUAGUGGAAAGCAAGUGAUAAGUGUCCUAUACUAUGGAAUUGAUGUCUACGAUGAGACUAAUGACAUUUGUGAAGUGACAUCUUGCCCUAUCAAUGCUGGUACUUUCGAAUUAUCACACACUCAAAAAUUGCCUGCAUAUGCGCCCACGGGUGAUUUCGGUCUUAGAAUGACAAUGCUGGAUGACGAGGAUAAAGAGUUGACAUGUAUUACCUUUGACUUCAGUAUCGGCGUUGGCCUUGGACUUAUUGCAAAAUCCAAGGGAGUUCGUUCAAAUUUUCUCAUGUAACAUGCCACGAUCAUGCUUUGAAUUGCAAGAAUAAAUGGAUUUGAACUUAUGUUUUGUUACUUAUCUUCUAUGUAGUCAUGAUGUAUACACUUCAUUGAUGGAGUGUUCAUUUUGUCAGUAUUUAUGUAUUUUUUGUUUCUAAGUGGUCCUUAACUUUUGAAGAGUACGCGUUAUAAUAUAUGCUCUAAUAAUUUAAUU